GAAUGGGCAUCCCCGGCACAUGUGGGCGUUGUAGUCCGCUGACUGCCAAAGCUCCUAUGUCAAGUGCAGACUGACAGCUGCUUGGAAACUACAACUCCCAGCCUGCAUUGCGCGGAGAAGCAGCUUCCCAUAAAUUGAGCAAGCAGCCCGUGUAGCCCCUCCUCAGGAUCCGCUAUGUGACACUUACAUGUCUUAUAGACUCUUCCUAAAGUGCUGAAGUGUGCGGCCGGGAUGAGGGGCGGCAGGACAUCGGGCGCUGCCAGGACUCUGGAGUUCUUCCAGCAUCAGGGGGCUCUGGAGCUGCUCGUAUUCAACUUUCUGCUCAUCCUGACAAUCCUCACCAUCUGGCUCUUUAAGAACCGUCGCUUCAGGUUCCUGCAUGAGACAGGCGGAGCUAUGGUGUAUGGUCUGGUGAUGGGAUUAAUCAUACGUUAUGCCACAAAAUCCUAUGAACCCGAGGAUGGGGCUGUGUAUGACUGUGAGAGCUUGAGGAGUAACCCUACAUCGCUGCUUAUUAAUGUCACCAACCAUGUUUAUCAGUAUGAGUACCGGGGAGAAAUCAACAAGCACAACAUUAAAAAUGACCAAGGGAAUGCCAUGCUUCAAAAGAUGACUUUUGACCCAGAAGUUUUCUUUAAUGUGCUGCUACCUCCAAUAAUUUUCCAUGCUGGAUACAGUCUAAAGAAGAGACAUUUCUUCCGCAAUUUGGGAACAAUAUUAACCUACGCCUUCCUGGGUACUGCCAUCUCUUGCAUUGUUAUUGGGUUGAUAAUGUAUGGCUUUGUUAAGGCCAUGAUACAGCUGGGACAGAUCCAGGCGGGUGACUUUCAUUUCACUGACUGUUUGUUUUUUGGCUCGCUGAUGUCUGCGACAGAUCCAGUAACCGUGUUGGCUAUUUUCCAUGAACUACAUGUGGAUACUGAUCUGUACACCCUACUCUUUGGAGAGAGUGUCCUAAACGAUGCUGUCGCUAUUGUCCUUACAUACUCUAUAUCAAUUUAUAGCCCAAAGGAGAACCCAAAUACAUUUGAUGCAGCCGCUUUCUUCCAAUGUGUCGGCAAUUUCCUGGGAAUAUUUGCUGGAUCCUUUGCUAUGGGCUCCGGAUAUGCUGUCAUCACCGCCUUAUUGACAAAAUUUACAAAGCUAUGUGAAUUCCCUAUGUUGGAGACAGGACUUUUUUUCCUAUUGUCAUGGAGCGCCUUCCUAUCUGCAGAAGCAGCAGGACUGACAGGAAUUGUUGCCGUCCUGUUUUGUGGAGUGACCCAAGCCCAUUACACAUACAACAACUUAUCGGAGGAGUCCAAACUCAGAACUAAGCAGCUAUUUGAAUUCAUGAACUUCCUGGCAGAGAACUUCAUCUUCUGUUACAUGGGGCUGGCCUUGUUUACCUUCCAGAACCACAUCUAUAAUGCUCUCUUUAUAUGUGGUGCAGUUCUAUCAAUCUUUGUUGCAAGAGCUUGUAACAUAUAUCCGCUUACAUUUCUCUUGAAUUUGGGUCGUAAAAGAAGAAUUCCACGGAAUUUCCAACACAUGAUGAUGUUCUCUGGUUUACGUGGUGCUAUUGCUUUUGCACUUGCUAUUCGAGAUACAGAUUCUCAGCCAAAACAGAUUAUGUUCACCACAACGUUGUUGGUUGUCUUCUUCACAGUGUGGGUAUUUGGAGGGGGUACGACACCAAUGCUGACUUGGCUCCAAAUCAGAGUUGGUGUUGAUCCAGACCAGGACUUAAAGGAUCUACCUGCUAAUCAGAGAACGGAAAUCCCAGUUGAAGGUUCCACAAAAGAAGAGAGUGCCCGUCUGUUCAGAAUAUGGUAUGGUUUUGAUCACAAAUACCUCAAGCCAAUACUAACACAUAGUGGUCCUCCUCUCACAAGCACAUUGCCGCAGUGGUGCAGUCCUAUCGCCAGAGUGCUGACCAGCCCCAGGGCAUACGCACAGGAGGAGCUAAAGGAUGAAGAUAUGGACUACAUUGUGAGCCAUGAUGAACUGACCUCUGCAUACGAAGACACCCUGUCAGCUUCUACUCUGCCCCCUACUCUACAGCAGAGCAGAGAUGAGCACACGUCGGUACAGGCAGGGGGUACAGAUAACGUAAAAGAUGGAGAUCUUGGACUUGGGAAAUAUGACUUUUCACUUGAUAGAGUAUCAAAUCCUUCUCAUCCCAGCCAGCCAGGGGGACAUGUACACAUGUAGUUGUAUUUUUAAAUGCAGAUUUUGUUGAAUAUGUGAAAUAUUAUACUGGAUAAAAAAGGGAUUUUUAUAAAAUGUUGAUAAACAAGUCACAUGGACAUAGAGCCAACUAUUUUAUAGUUAAUAGUGCUUGUCAGUUUACCAGGGACCAAUGACAUUACUUGAUAUUUUUUUUAAUAGGGAUAUUUAGGGGUAUGCUAAGAGGAUAGAACAGGGUAUCUAUGGGGGUUGGGGUUUGGGUUAAGACUCCCCUUAAUUACUAGAACAAGCUGCAGUGCUCUUACUAGGGACACAGAGAUUUUAAGUCUUUGGCUUCUACUUAUUGAACUGGAUACAGUUGCCUCAGUCUCUAUUACUUAAAUUUUUAUAUGAAAAUAAUUGCACUUUUUUAUCACACCUAUGCACAAUUUAUAUUCAUGACCAUCAUUAUGUCCAUAUUACCGCCAGAUAUAUAUAUAUAUAUAUAGUAAAUAAUGCCCCUUUCCUCAUGUUUUAGUGUUCAUUCACAGUGUAUUGAAAUCUCAGACUGCUUGUAUUGCUUACAUGUAUUGAGUAUUUAACCACUUAAAGGGAUUAUCCAGGAAAAAAUGUUUUUAUAUCUCAACUGGCUCCAGAAAGUUAAACAGAUUUGUAAAUUACUUCUAUUAAAAAAUAUUAAUCCUUUCAGUACUUAUGAGCUGCUGAAGUUGAGUUGUUCUUUUCUUUCUAAGUGCUCUCUGAUGACACGUGUCUCGGCAACCGCCCAGUUUAGAAGCAAAUCCCCAUAGCAAACCUCUUCUACUCUCAGACCGGCGAUUUGCGGCGAUUCCGGGUCAAUUGGGUCUCCAGUGACUCAGUGACCCAGAAAAAAAGGGUGAAUGGGGCUGUCUGAGACAGCCCCAUUUACCCUUACCCAGAGGAGUGAGGUGGGGUGUAAAGGCUCACUGUACACCAUGUUACAUUCCUUGAAUAGUAUGCCAUGUGUGUGUUUUUUAUUUUUUUGCUGUUUUUUUUUUUUUUUUUUUUGCUGUUCUGGGGCUUCCUAAAUGUGACAUGCCCCCCAAAAACCAUUUCCGCUAAAUUUGCUUUCCAGAAGCCAAAUGUGACUCCUUCUCUUCUGAGCAUUGUAGUUUGCCCGCAGAGCACUUGACUUCCACACAUGGGGUAUUUACAUACUGUGAAGAGAUGGGGUUACAAAUUUGGGGGGCAUUUACUCCUAUUACCCCUUGUAAAAAUGUAAAAUUCGGGGGAAAACCAGCAUUUUGGUGAAAAAAAAAAAUUCAUUUAUACAUCCGACUUUAAUGAAAAGUCAUCUAACACCUUUUUUACACAUUUUGAACAUAACCUGAGGGUUUGUUCACAUCUUUUACAGAGGGUCUGUUCAAAAUAAUGUAUGUGUGUACAGACCCUGAGGUUGCAUUCGCACUAUGAAAUUUUUAAGCAAAAUUCCGCUUUGAAACUCCGGUGCAGCAGAAAUUCAUUGUUGUCAAUGGGAUUCUGCUGCACACUAUGGAAUUUUAGCGACACAAGCUUUCCGCCACUGAAAUUCCUCCACUGAACAAAUGAAUUUGCUCACUCUUUCAGCAGAAUACUUUGUCAUCUAUGGGGACCGGCCAUGUCUACAUGGUCUGAGCCGCCCCCCUCAUAAUCUGAGAUUCCACAGUGUAAAUGGUCCCCUGACUGUCAUUAGUUUUGUGGCUAAAGUGUUAUCAGAUGUACAUCAGAAGUAAAACUUCCUAAAAUGUCAUGGCAUGUAAGACAUUGCAAUAAAUUGCUGCAAUCAUUCAAAUCUUGUAUUAAAUAGGUUUUCCGGUUAUAAAAAGUGAUAGGAUAUAACUAGGAUAUCAAUGGAGAUCCUCCUACCAGGAUCCAUUCCUUAGGGUACGUUCAUACUACUGAAUUCUCGCGGAAUUCCGCAAGCAGAAUUCCGUGGUGUGAACUUAACAUUAGUGUGAAUGGGUCUCUGAGAGACCCGUUCACAAUGCGGAAUUUCAGCGGCAGAUAAUUCCGCUGCUGAAACUGUUCUGCGCAAAGAAAGAACAUGUUCAUUCUUUGCGAACGGUGACGGCUCAGUGCCCCGCGGCCCUAUCGCUGAAGUAUUUUCGGCGGUGGCUGCCAGAUGGAAUGUCUGCUCGCUGAAUUCAGCGAGCGGAGAUUCCGCAGUGUGAAUGCACCCUAAGAAUGAAGAGGCCCAGCCAGGUAAAUGCUGUAUCUUCUUUACUUUUUAAAGUCUGGCACUCUUGUUUUGAUGCUGUGUAACUGCAUCGCAUCCUAUUCCUAGAUUUCAGUCACUUUGUUCUUGGGAUUGAUAGGCAGGACCUCCAUUAGAAGAGCAUAGAGCGUGCUCUACUCAGGGGUUAAGGAAAAUGCACAUGGGGCACAAUCACUGGGUCUGACACCCACCUCUUAAAGGGACUUAAACAGUUACACUUGUAAUAAAU